AUUGGACUUUGUACAGUUCUGUGUAUUUACUGGUGUAUUUCUGCCGCUUGGUGUGCUAUUAGAUAUCAUAACCUUGGGUUGUAGCACUUUGGUCACUCUAGCCGACUCUACGAUAGCAUGUCCUCAGCUCCUUGCCACCUUUUUGUAGCCCCGUAGCUACUCAGUUAGCUUCGCGUGGUCGCUAAUGAGAGUAACCGCCGCUUGAGCCUCGUCCACGGAAUGCCUCGGAGAAAGAAGAACGGCCAAAGCCCGGCCAGAGUCCCCGGUGGGCCACAAGAAGGGGACAGCCUCGGCAACAACACGGGUUAUCGACUACCUCAGGGAUUUGACGGUGUCAUGGCGAACAACUUUCCAUCCAGCACCUCGGUCUCCAGUUCGGUCAAAGAGAACAUCGUGAAAAACAUGCAGGAAAUGUUUUCACACCUGGACCCCGAAGUUAUAUACAUUGUGCUGUCCGAGUGUGAUUUUAAAGUUGAAAAUGCAAUGGACUCUCUCCUGGAGCUGUCUGUGGCCGCUGAGGUUGCAGCCCCUGUACCUUCUCCUAUGUCUGGCUUUGAGCGCACUGCAGCAGCCCUGCUCAGCCCACACCACUUUUCUGAAUCUAGAGCAGAUUCUGACUCCUCCAAGCAACCACAGCUGACCUCCUCUCCUCCCUCUGCCAGCCUCCUGACAGAAGACUUGGACCUACUUGUUGAUCAGGAGCUAGAGACACUAACCACGCAACAAAACCAGAAGGAAGAGUGCUGCAACAGCCAGUAUUUAUCCUCUUUCCCUCCACCACCAUUCCCUCAGCAGGUUCUCCCUGAGCUGCUUCAGUCCAGCUUGCAGCCUGAAUCUAGAGGGCCCUCUGGUGGCCUGGUGGAGCACACUUCCAAAGCUUCCUCUCCACUUGACCGGCUUAGUACUUGGGAAGAUGAGACUGUUGAGGAGCAGCAGUCGGUAGUGGAUUUCACACAUCUAAUGGCAGAGACACCUGCAGACAACCUGAAACCUCCUUUGGACCUGGCAGCUUCGGGACGUCCCUCGGCUUUCCAGGUAUAUAAAAAGCAAGAUUCAUCACACACUCUUUCAGACAAGGCUGGGUUCAUGGCCUGUAAGACAGUGGUUGGAGGAGCAAAAUCUAAGGUGAGCAUGUUGAAUCAGGAACAGCUUGGCUACAUGCCAUCACACUGGAACCUGAAAGCACCAGACUUUUUUCCCUGUGUCCAUGAAAACAAGGGGCCAGCAUUCAUUACCCCUGUGGCUCAGUUACCUUCCAACUGGACCGGUCACUCUAGGCAUGCCUCUCCCUGGCUGAGUCAGGGUCCUGUCAGUCAAGCACCUCUUAAACCUUCUGCCACUAUUCCAAAGUCUUGGACCCUACCUGCACCUCAGCCUCCUGCCCAGCACAGCAGGCUUCGGCUGCAAGGAAAGGUCCUUGUGUUGCUUCGUGGUGCUCCAGGAUCUGGCAAAUCAACUUUGGCAAGAGCCCUGGUCGAGCAUAACCCAGGUGGAGUUAGACUGUCCACUGAUGACUAUUUCACUCAACAUGGUGAAUAUUGGUUUGAUCCUUCUGCUCUCGGGGAGGCCCAUGAGUGGAACCAUAAACGAGCCAAGGAGGCUUUUGAAAAAGGCGAUAACCCCAUCAUCAUAGACAACACUAACAUGCAAAGCUGGGAGAUGAGACCCUAUGUAGUUCAGGCACUGAAACAUGGAUACAAGGUGCUAUUCAGAGAGCCGGACACAUGGUGGAAGAAUAAGCCCAGAGAACUGCAAAGACGUACCACACAUAAUGUGCCACUGGAAACAAUACAGCGCAUGCUUAACGGAUAUGAACGCUUCGUCACCGUCCAGUCUAUCAUAGGUUCACAGAUGCCUGAGAUGAAACAGCGCCUCCUUUUGGAGAACAAAAGCUCACAGCCUGUGUCUUCUGAAGUACUCUGUCCUGACCUUGUAGGGCAGCCUGGACUGACAGAGGGAUGUAAAAAAUCCCAGCCCCAGCUGUUCUCCUCCCUCCCUGACGUGUCAUCUAUUGAUUAUUCUAGUGAGGUUGCAAUGCUGGAGGAUGGUGGCCACAAAUCUACAGAGUCCCUCAAUUUCCAACCUACUGAAAGACUCACGGAAAGCCCUGAAAUUUCCAGGGACGACAAUAAGGAUUUGGGACAAUUAGAUCCCCAGUUGGGUGUUGCGUUGGCGCUAAACCAUCCAAUAGCAGAUCAAGGAAUCCCAGACUGUAUUGUGGAAUCAGUGAUUAAUGAAAAUUAUCGUGUGGAUGAAACUCCUGUGGCUUUCUCUGAGUCUAUUGGACAAAGAGUGAGGAGGAUAAGACCAAGCAGGAGGUCUGGUUUUGACAGGUUGGAGCCUGCAGAUCUGGUGAAAGAUACUAACCAAUCAGACAGCGAGGCAAAGGAGAAAGAAAAGACAAAGGGAGGGGAAGCAGAAGAAAAUGAGAUGGUGAGGGAUGGGGAUGACAAGGGAAUGCCUGAGAUGUUGGAUUUUGUAGGAGAUUGGCCCUCUCAAGGGUCCCUCGAACAGCGACAAGUGAGGAGAAGAGAAAGGCUGAAAGAGGGAAAUGGGAGGGAAAAUGAAGUUGUGUCUGAAGAAGCUAACCACAAUAUAACAAAAGCACAGUCACGACCCAACGUAACAGAGUUUCAGAAGCUUCUCGAUCUUAUUCAGACAGGUGUAGCUGCUAUUGAAAGUGGCUCCUCCCCUUCACCCUCACUUUCCCCGAGCUCUCAAGGGGAAUUGGAGAAAGUAGAGGAGGUUGGUGGAAGGUGUGAAGAAUCCCAUGGCAGUAGAUCUAAUAGUGAGGAGGGAGAACAAAACAUGAGCAGGGUUAACACCAGCAGAGGUGAAUUACCUGAUUGUGUGUUAGACUGGAAGGCAGCUGACUCUUGUAAGGUCAGGGAAUCUAGAAUUGAUCAUUGGGAGAGCCUUAAAACUGAAAAUAAAGUGAGUAGUACCACGGGAGAGAAUGAUCAUUUAUUAGAGAUUGGCAGAGAAACAGGAUCGUUGGAUUUGAAAUCAACCAUCCCAACGAUUCCGCUCUCAGUUCUAAGUGUUGAAUCACUAGUUAUCUCUAAAACUUUGCCGCCGGAUGUAUGCCACGAUAAAGUGGGAAGCCACAAUGUCGAAGGUGAGAUUAACACAGAGCCUUCUUGUGGUCCUGCUGAUGUGGACAUGAAUAACUUCAUAGAGAUUGGAUGUGAGACUAGAUUUGAGGCUGAUGGCAGUCAUAUUAGUGAUCUGUGUCAGAGUCCUGUGUGUGAGGGCUCUGUGGAGACAGAAAACAGUACUUUCAGUGGAAGCAGUCAGGACAGAAAGCAGCGUCACGGCCGUAGAUCAGGGAAAGCGUGUAAACUGGCUCUUACUUUUACUCAAAACUGCCCUGCUUCUUCACUGAAUAGCCUCGAAUGUCUCAAUACAACUGCCCAACAUGUAAACAAUAGUCAGAAUAGCUUUAACACAGACAUUGAACCUAAUUUUAAUCCUGACAACAGCAACAGCAGCGUUAGCCCUGAACCAAAUUUUGACCAGUUCACUGAGUCCAAAUCUGAGGCAUACCAGCAGCCUCCUUCCCCUCUUCCUCUUGUGGAGAAAGGCUUUUACACCCAGACAGAACCUCAAGACUUUGCCCUUCUUUGGCGACUCAAUUUUCAAAACAGCUCUGAUAAAGCGGUCAUCAAUGCACGCAACCAGUCUUGUGACAUUGUAGUUCUGUCUGCUUACUCGUCUCGUUUCGUGCCGGAGCUGUCGGCUGCUGUUUCUGCAGCAGUCGCAGUUCACCCCUGCAGCCACAAAGAGGUACCCUAUCGCGUGGUGCACGAAAAAAGCACACAGGUGGAGGAGAAAGAACUUGGGGCAACUCAAGACCGACUAGGGAGUCUACGCAUUCUUGGUCGCCAUUUUAAGCUGGUUAGUUUUGAUACAUUGGAGGAUCUGUAUGACAAAUGCCAUCAGGACCUAGAAUGGACUACCAACUUGCUGCUUGACUCUGGAGAGAGGUUCUUCAGAGAUGAGGACGGUGAUAAAGAAGAGGAGGAUGACGCCAUGGAUGAAGAAGACCAGAACACAUCCAGUCUGUGUGGCGCUUUAGGCGAACCUGGAGGAACCAGGUUAUGUCCUGAUUUAUCAAACGAGCAUCACCCUGAAGAUUGUCCAAUAGGGCUUGAGGAUGGGACUCAGCAUUCAAACUUUGGGGCAGAUAGGGAGCCAGAUGAGGGUCCCAAUAAUGCCAAUGUGCUAAGUUUUGGAGGUGCAGCUGUUCUGAACAAAGAUCCCCCUGAUACAACCUCACCCUCUCCUCAAACCGAACUUAGUAUUCCUCAAGCAGGAAAUGAAGGAGAGAGAUGUGACACUGAAAAAAUGUCUGUGUCUGAAAUCCUCCCAGAAGGUGGCGCUUGGGGUGGAAGUUCUGAUGAUGGAGUAAUAAUUGAAGAGUCAAGAUUUGAGAUUGAGGAGGACAUUGCAAGCAUGGACUUGGUCCACAGGCUGCUGCAGGCUGAGUUAGACAAGAUAGAGAGAGAGGAAAGACAGAAUGAGGAGGAAAGAACUGAAAGGAGGCACUCGGAAAAGGGAAGCAGUCAACACCUGGACAUUCAGAGUGUGGAGCUGAAACUACCCACUGAGGUCGCACUACAGCUAACUGAACUGUUUGGUCCUGUUGGAGUAGACCCAGGUACAUGCUCCUCUGAUGACUAUGCAGUGCAGAUGGACCUGAAUCUGGCUAAACUGCUCCACCAGAAGUGGAAGGAAACCAUUCAGGAAAAGCAGAGGCAAGCAACUCUGUCCUUUCAUUUGCUUCAGGAAAGUUCAGUACACUGGGGUGAGUCACAGGUGGCCAAAGCAGGCCCACAACACUGGACAAAGGGAGCACCUUUCCUGAUUAGCACAGAUGGCUAUGCAUCACUGGACACCCAACCAGAGGGUCGUAGUCAGAUGCCAUUCAUGGAUCACUGGAAUGUGUCUCGCCCACACAUCUCUCUUAGAGAUAUUAUAAAGGAGGAGCUUGCUUUGCAGGAGAAUAUGGAAAAGACGAGACAAAGUCGCGUAGACCUCAACCAGCGUGAUGGAGCCACCCUGUUGAAAGAGAACCAAUUGUACUCCCUCUUCCCCACCAUCGACAGGCAUUUCCUCCAGGACAUCUUCAGAGACCACAAUUAUAACCUGGCCCAGACAGAGCUCUUUCUUUGCUCUUUGCUGGAUGAAGAGCCCGCCAAGACAGUCGUCGCCCCAGAGGCACCUCGGCCUGUCCACUACAGAGCAGCCAGCAAGGAAAGAGAUAAGCAGAAGCCCCCAGAGUCGAUCAUAACUGACUAUCAGGAUACUGAGGAUCCAGAGUAUGAGGACUUUAGGGCCGAGGCCAACUUACAGAGGCACCGACAGCUUGAGAGCUUCUCCAAAGCUGCUGAGGCCUUCAAGCAAGGACGCAAAGAAGUGGCCUCAUUUUAUGCACAGCAGGGACACCUGCAUGGUAGGCAGAUGCGUGAGGCCCAUCAUCGUGCAGCAAUUCAGAUUUUUGAGAGGGUCAACUCAUCGUUGCUACCCAAUAACAUCCUGGACCUCCAUGGGUUGCAUGUAGAUGAGGCUUUGGAUUAUCUUGCCCAGGUUUUGCAGGAGAAAAUCUCAGAUUGUGAGCAGGGUUUGUGUCGACCUCAGCUCUCUGUCAUCACAGGAAGAGGGAACCACAGCCAGGGGGGCGUGGCCCGCAUCCGUCCCGCCGUUAGAGACUACCUCACCAACAAACACUACAGGUUCACAGAGCCAAAGCCAGGUCUUAUGUUAGUCUCCUUGAAGUGAGAAGAAACUGGUUUAUUGGUUUCAAGCUGCUAUGGAGGACAAUUGUUACAGUAUAUACAGUAUGUUACACCUGUUUCUUAGAUCUGUUUUGGUACCUUUUCUUACUCAUUAUAGGUAUUUUAUGCAUCUGUAAAGUGAGAAUAGAUGUACAUUUUAUAUUUAAAAAUGUUUUAUAGUGUGGUGCAUUUUGCUUUACAUUUAUCUUUAUGCCUUUUUAUGGAGUAUGAGGAAAUCCCUGUGUUUUGAAGGCUCCAUAUUGAGUAAGGUGUUGUUUAAUCAUUCAAACAUUUGCUAAACUAGAGACAUGUAAGGAUUUUGAACUUGUAUCAUGAUUGCAUGCUGUAAGCUAGGAGGUUGUUCUCUGGGAUUUUAAAUAACAUGGCAUCCGUUUUUGAUACACAAGUAUUUUAGCGAUUGUCCUCUGAGAAGUUACAAAACCAAAUACCAAGAAAAAAAGAGCUUUUUCUAUUUUUGAUUAGUGCACAGUGCGUCUUGCUCACCAGCAGGUGAGUCUGAAACCCUUCAGAUGAUUAAAGGUCGUUAAACAGUUUGAACACCCUCCACAGUGAGUUUGGCAGCAAUCAGUCUUAAUUUUCACAGCUGCCUCAGCAACAUACUGCAACUGUUCCUCUACUUUUGCUUGUGAUUUAGUGGAAACUGGCGUUUUGGUUGUAGAUUGCAACCAACUGAACACUCCCAGUCUUACCCUCCGCUAUGGUGGAAAACUAAAACACAAAAAGUAAAAAGCAAUCUCUAGAGAUAGUGUUUGGUUUGUCUGCUUUGGGCUACUGCAGAAAUAUGGCAGUGCAAAAUGACAGACUGUAUGGAAGAAGAACUCCUUAAGUAUAACUUGGUUCAUUGUAAGGAAACAAAAGCACAAUAAUAUUUAGGGUCACGUAAUUAUACCCUAAUGAAAUAAUAGUAAAUAUUAUGUAAUAUUUCUGCCAAUAGAUACUCCUAAAUCCUACACACUUGACCUUUAAGGUUGGGCUCAGCUUAGCUGCUUAUGUAUUCAUAUUCCAGCUCAGGUAAAAAUUCAACAAUGUUAAGUUUCCCUUUCUUUCAAGGCCAGUGGAUUGUUUCUUGCCCUUUCCUGAUACCCUGUUUUAACCCACUAUGCCAAAUUUUGUAGCAGUUGUAUUCUUCAGGUUGCUACACUAGUUUUGUAGUUUUGACAUUUUUUUUUUAUGUGUAAUGUUUUUCAGAAAGGUGAUACAAAAACGCUGACAUUUUACUGACUGUAAAUAAUAUAAAUAUAUAAAUUAUAAAUGGAAAAUGCUAUUUUUUAUUUAGCUCUUCAAAUGGUUUUACGGAGAAUGUUGUAUUGUUUAAUAAAAUGUUGUAUAUAUUUACACUUUAAGACUUCAUGUGUGGGUUAACAUCACUUUUCUCUUGCAAGUAGCUGCUUCAUGUAACUGAAGAGUUUGGAUUCUAGAUGAAAAUCUAUUUGUAUUUGUAUUUUCAACUGAUAAAAUGGGGGAAAAGUA